GAAAACGUUGAUUGGGCUGUUUCCUCCGUGACCGGAACAGCUGAUCAACGCUUGGCAAUAAGCAAAAAAGUGCCAUGAAUGACUUCCAUAUUAUUACUGAUGCGAAAUUGUCAUCCACGACGGUAAAAUAGCAUUGUUGUUGUCGCCGUCUCGUAAGGACAGUGGAGAGACGGUCCUUCCGAGUGCGCGACGCCUCCAGACCUGACGUCGACAUCGGCCGAGUCAUAGGCCAAAAAUCAGGUGUUCAGGAAAGUUCCGCAAGGAUCAGAGACGAAAUCAGAUUCCAGUGCCUGUGACCUUUCGUGGAAAUCGCCCCAGAUGUAAUGAAUUCCCCUCGACCGCGGUGUGCUGCUGCGACAGGCCGGUCCACUCCGCUCUCGGACUCCACUCUCGCUGCUCGCGCCCUCGGUUCUCGGCGGCUGGAGUGCUUGUUUCGGCCUUAGUGAUUGACGUUAUAUGUGCUUGUGGUAGAAUAACAUGAUGCUGAUUUUCGGGUGGAGAGGGUCGCCGCGCAGGAUCAUUGCUGUGGGACUUUUUCUAAUCGUCUGUGUCCUGGUCCGGAAUCUGAAAACGUCACAUAUGCGAGAACUAAAAAAGUUUGUGGAAACAGAAGAAUACUCAGACGCGGCGACCCAAAGAGGGAGCGAGCUCGUCGUCCAGCGACCGACCGCGCCGAGGGAGUCGACCACGGGAUACAAACGCUACGCGGAAAUAGAGCCGCUCUACAGACAAGUGGAGAGCGACAUCCACAACACCAGGCAGUACUCCCUGGCGCUCCUGCGGCAGAUAGGGGCUCAGAUACCGGGCAGUCCCUGGGACCUCCCCGGGCUCAUGGAGGACGUCAAACACCGGUUCAGCGUGGCGCAGCACGACCUCUGGCAGUUCCGCAACGAGUCCGGCCUGAUCGAGUGGCAGCGGGAGGAGGUGGAGGCCCUCGGCGACCAGAUUCAGCACCGAAUCCGCGCCUUGCAGAAUCCCGAGGACUGUGAAUCUGCCAAGAAAAUCCUCUGCAAUAUCCCAGUCGCUCCCAAGGCUCGAGGAACAGGCAGCCAGCUUCACCACCUCAGCUACUGCUUCCUGGCGGCGUACGGGACCCAGAGGACGCUCGUCAUCAACAAGAGGGAGACGAGCGUAAUGGACCUAGAUUUGGAAGCCUAUUUCCUUCCUCUCAGUGAGAACUGCGCCAAAACUACGACCCAAGAGGUUGCUCAUUGGCCAGGCACAGAGGACGCCCUGGUGGUGCAGUUCCCCGACACGGACCGACCCGUCCCGAGGCCGAACUACCUGCCCAGGUCAGUGCCGCGGGACUUCGCCGAGCGCCUGGCGAGCUUCCACGGCGACCCCUUCGCCUGGUGGAUGGGGCAGUUCAUGAAGUACGCCAUGAGGAUGAACCGGGGAUUCCAGGAGGCCGUUGAGAAGCUCGGCGCCCGCCUUGGCUUCGAGGGUCCUAUUGUUGGAGUGCAAGUCAGAAGAACAGACAAGCUGCUUCACGACUCCAGACUCAUAGAACUGGAGGAGUACAUGGAGGCCGUCGACGACUUCUACAACGACCUGGAGGUUCGGGGGACGACGGUGACGACUCGUAAGGUCUACCUGGCCACAGACGACCCGCAGGUCCUCAAGGAAGCCAAGGAGAAAUUCCCCAAACACGCCUUCGUGUACAACGAGGACAGCGUCGCCAGCGCCAACAUGAAGGAGCGGAGGAGCGAGGCCAACAUCCACAACAUCCUGGCCGAUGUUUACUUCCUCUCUCGCUCGGAUUUCCUCGUGUGUGGCAUGUCGUCCAACAUCUGCCGCCUGGCCUACGAGCUCAUGCAGACCCUCCACGCAGACGCCUCCAGAAAGGUCUUCUCCGUCGACUCACCUUAUUGGUUCCACUACCAGAGCGGCCACGAGGUGGAGGCGAGGUUCCCCCACACGCCUCGCAGGGACAGUGAAAUCGAGCUGCAGAGGGGCGACCGCGUGAAGGAGGUCCUGAGGCACUACAGCAACCACCGCAACCUGCACGACGGCUUCAUCCACGGGGUCAACCAGAGGACGAGAAAAGCCGGCUUGUACCCGAUCUACAAGACGGUGGACGUCCUGCGGCUCGCGGACACGCCGCCCUUCGACGCCAUCGACAGGAGGGACAAGUAA